AUGUCUAUUAACAAGAGUUAUCCGCUCUUCCUCUUCUUCUUCUUCAUCUUUUAUACACUCGCAGCAAACUCCACAGACAUAUCGUAUGAAAUCAUACCAUUCAUUAGGGUUUACAAAAAUGGCAGCGUUGAGAGAUUAAUCGGAACAGAUACGGUUCCGCCGUCGCUGAAUCCCAAAUCCAAAGUUCUCUCCAAAGACAUCAUCAUCGAGCCAUCUCUCAACAUCUCCGCAAGGCUCUUUCUCCCUCGCUCCGCCUCCACAACCCGAAAACUUCCCCUUCUAGUCUACAUCCACGGCGGCGCUUUCUUCACCGGAUCCUCUUUCACUUCCGGCUACCACGGCUACCUAAACUCCAUCGUCGCCGAAGCCAACGCCGUCGCUGUCUCCAUCAAUUACCGCUUAGCCCCCGAGCACCCUCUCCCCGCCGCCUAUCAAGACUCAUGGCUCGUCCUUAAAUGGAUCUUCUCCCACUCUAAACAGGGCGGAGGCGGUACCGAGGCGUGGCUGCGAAACAACGUCGAUUUCGACCGCGUUUACGUGAGUGGAGACAGCGCCGGGGGCAACAUUGCCCACAACUUGGUGGCCCGGGCCGGGUUGGAAUCGGGUGUUAAGAUCCGCGGGUUGUUCUUGAAUUGCCCGCAUUUUUGGGGGAAGGAGAGAAUUGGGAAUGAAGCGAGUGACCCGAAAAUGGUGGUGGUGGAGGACAAUAUAUGGAUCUAUGCAUAUCCGAAUUCGACCGGGUUAGACGACCCGCAGUUGAACCCGGAUUACGACCCGAAUCUUUCGAAGCUCGGGUGCAAAAAGGUGGUGGUUUAUGUUGCUGAAAAUGACAUUUUGAGGGAUAGGGGGUUGCAAUAUAAGAAGGCGUUGGAGAAGAUCAAGUGGAAAGGAGAGGUGAAGGCUGUGGAUGUGAAAGGAGCUGUUCAUGUUUUUAAUCUAAUCUUUCCCAAAAGUAAAGAUUCAAUAGAAAUGUUGAAACAUUUUGCUUUGUUUCUCAAUGAUAAAGAAAAGCUUAACUAG